AUGGCCUCCCAUCCAUCAUUCCAUAAAUGCAAGCCCGGUGCUUUCUUUGCUCCACCCACACGCUUCCAUGCCCAAACCACACAACGCCCGAGGCGUCCCUACCUUACAACCCAUCCUCCGCCGUGCCGCAUGCGUAAUAAGUCUCUCUCCCAGUGUGCCAAUCUUCGGGGAUUCCCUAACGUUGGGAAAGUUGAACAACACGACCCGGUUGGAUGCACUAAUGAAAGGCUCCGCAACCUUUCUUCCUGGUGCUACUACCUCUGCAUACAUUGCGAUCCUCCCCCUUUCAAGGCUUCCAACCAACCUCACCGAGGCACGAGCCCGAAUCCGACCAAGGCUCAACCUUCUUCUCAGGGGACUCUCUGCUCUGCUCAGACAUCUCACUCCCAGCAAAAGCUGGGAUACGACAAGACUUGGAAGGGGAGGAUGGAACGGACCACCUCGACGCAACUCACCCAUACCACCCGCACCACCGAAAACAGGGCGAACGACGACCGUUUCCCACAUCUUUCCAGAGUGCUCACCGUCCAAUCAUGUCUGCAGCACCAUCGCGGAAACCAGUACAGCGAAGCGUGCGAGGCCAGCCAGCCCCCCCUUUCGAGAAUGGGCACCAGCGCCAGUAGUGACCACCACCAGAAACCACCGAUCCAUUGA